AGAAACGCUGUUCUGGUCCUCCAGUUUGCUUGUGGCCUCACUGGCAAUUGAGAAGGCCCAGGACAGAAAGUUCGGUAUGGGAAGGAAUGUUAAAAGUUUAACAACCAAGAGAUCCAGCAGGCGUAGGUGGACUGAGCGCAAGUGUUCAGCGAAACAGUUGCCUAGUCUAUGUUUGGUCGUACAGAUGUAAAGGAGGCCACAUGGGGAGUACCAGAUGCAAUAGAUGAGAUUAAAGAAGAGAUGAGACUGUCUUACCUGGAAGAGCUGCUGGGGUCACUGGAUGGAUGUGAGUAAGGAGGCAUAGGGACACGUAUUACACCUCCUUCAGUUGUGGGGAAAGUACCUGGGGAGUGGGUAGUUUGGGACGGAAGAGGUGAGUGAACCAAUGUCUUGCGGUGGAAGUGGUCUCUACGGAAAACGGAAAGGGGUGGGGUUGGGAAAAUGUAACUGGUGGUGGAAUCACAUUGAAGCUGGCGGAAAUGUUGGAGAAUGACGUGUUGGAUGUGAAGGUUUGUGGGGUUAAAGACGAGGACCAGGAGAACACUCUCCUUGUGAUUUUUGUAUUUUGUUGAAUAGGAAGAUAUUAAUUGGCUUUAAGAAUACUGAAGUUACCAUCAAGUAAACCAAGCAACAAAGAAGGGUCUCCACCUAAAACUUCACCCAUUCCUUCUCUCCAGAGAUGCUGCCUGUCCCACUGAGUUACUCCAGCAUUUUGUGUCUCGUUUCAACAAAUAGUUAAAGACACCUUCCUUCAUGGAGCUCAAUGAAAUGUGGUCUUCUGGUUCUGUAAGCACAUUCAGGCAUCUGCUGUCCAAGACGCAUCCAGGCAUCCGCUGUCCGAGACACCUUUCCCCCUGUCUCCCUUACAUCAACUUUCAAGACUUUUUUGCAAACAGCCACCUGCACAUAGAGUUUACCCCAAUUUAAAUUAUGUAAUGGUUGAAACAAAGAAAUGUAGCUAUCAUUAGGAACCAUUGUGUAUCUCUUAUCUCAAGUCCCCUGAGACAUUUGCAUAGCAGCAUGUCUUUGGAAAAUGUUUGAAGGUGUAAUCUUAGUAGCAGCAAAUCUUACUGCUGAUGAUAACUAUUUGUGCUUGAACGUUGUGUCCAAAGUGUUAGCUGCCAAAUCACAUUCAAAAACGUUUUUCGUUAAAGGAUGUUAAUGUUUUUUUUGCCGUCGGUUCCUCAAUAGGUAAUAGGAUAUCAAGUUUUUCUUAUUGAAUAAUGUUUUGCUAAUGUGUUGUCAUGUCAUGUAUUCUGAUAAGAAGUAGUUAUUUCUACUGUUUGACGGUUAUUAUAAUAUUUUAUUGUUUUUUAAUCUGAAGCUCUGUGUAGAAAGCAAAGCUCCUGGCUUGGAAUUCAUCCUCAUAAUCUUUAUUGUGAUACUGCUAAUAUUCUUGGACAUUCUUUAAAAUUAAGGUUGUCGAAUUUUGGAAAACCACCAAGCCCUUUGCAAGUCGUGGCAAUGGAAAGCUGUCUAAAUGAGAUCGACUUUGUCAUUCUGGAGGAAGGUGUCAUUGCUCAGGAUGUCAUUGUCCAGAAGAUCAAUGAGAAAAACCCCACAGAGGACACAGAUGCCUUCUAUGUUGCUGACCUUGGUGAAAUUAUAAACCAACACCUGCGAUGGCAGAAGGCGCUGCCUCGAGUCAAGCCUUUCUAUGCUGUGAAAUGCAAUGACAGCAAACCGGUGGUUUGGACUCUUGCCCAGUUAGGGACCGGCUUUGACUGUGCCAGUAAGAAUGAGAUUGCAUUGGUGCAAGAUCUUGGGGUCCUCCCAGAGAGAAUUAUUUAUGCAAACACCUGCAAGGAGAUAUCUCAUGUUAAAUUUGCUGCCGCCCAUGGGAUCCAGGUGAUGACAUUCGAUAAUGAGGAUGAAAUUUCCAAAGUUGCACGGAUCCAUCCCACAGCUAAGAUGGUUCUUCGCAUUGCCACAAAUGAUGCUUUGUCGUGUAUUCCCCUGAGUGUGAAGUUUGGGGCAACUUUAAAUGAAUGCAGACAGCUGAUGGAAUGUGCUAAAACCCUGAGUGUAGACAUCAUUGGUGUCAGUUUCCAUGUUGGGAGUGGCUGUAUGAAUCCAUCGGUAUUUGCUCAAGCCAUAGCAGAUUCACGUCGAGUCUUUGAAAUUGGGACGAGCCUUGGAUUUAACAUGAAUCUGCUUGAUAUUGGUGGUGGUUUCCCAGGCAUGGACAAUGACAAAAUAACAUUUGAGAAGAUUACAGCAGUAAUCAAUCCUGCACUGGACCGUCACUUCCCUGCAGCAAGUGGAGUGAAGAUAAUUGCUGAACCAGGCCGUUAUUACGUGACUUCAUCAUUCACACUGGCUGUGAAUAUCAUUGGUAGAAAAAUUAUUCAUAGAGCAUCAACUGGCUGCGAUGAUAAACAGAGGACUGUAAAAACCAUAAUGUACUAUUUAAAUGAAGGUCUGCAUGGGUCUUUUGAUUGCCAUGAAUUGCCAUAUUAUCUAUCAAAACCAAUACUAUUUAAGAAACUCUGCCCUGACCAACAACUGUUUAACACAAAGGUUUGGGGACCCACCUGUGAUGCAUGGGAUUACAUCACUGAUCAAUGGAAGCUGCCUGAACUGCAGAUUGGAGAAUGGCUGCUCAUCCAAAACAGAGGAGCUUACUCUGUCGCUAUCUCAACCGCAUUCAAUGGCUUUCAAAGAACCACAACACACCAUGUAAUCUCCAAGGAAGCCUGGUAAGGGAGGGAGGGUGUGGGUGUGUGUGUGUGUGUGUGUGUGUGUGUGUG